GUUUCGGACCGCCCCCACCGGCGUCAACACUCCCACCAGGAGUAGGUGCUCCUCCGCCUCAAAGUGGGCCUGGUCCUGGUCUGCAACAACAGCCUGUGAAUGCAUACGGACCGACUUCUGCUGAGCCACCCAGCGUCAGCGUCAGCGGCGAUUC